AUGUCGUCGGCUGGUCUAAUCGCCUUCACUGCCCACUACUACGCGUAUGGGAUGCACAUGGCCUGGUCCUUCAUCACCAUCCAGUUAUGCCUCCCCGUCACUGUUCACAUCAUAGUUCCAGUACUCUACCGACUAAAGAUCACCUCCCUUUUUGAGGGAGGACUAAAAGGCGUAGUAUGGACGGAUUGCUUGCAGGCUGUGAUCACCAUAAUUGCGCCUAUUACAAUCAUUGUCAAGAUAAUCUACGACUCUACCAGCGGCCAAUUCAAGCUUCGUCCUUUGAGUGAUAUCAACUUAAAAGUAUACAUGUUCGAUACCAAGAUCGACUUCACAAGAGAUGAAAAUCUCUGGUCCUGUCUUAUCGGCGUCGCCGCGGCGCAUAUGUAUAGGUCAGGCCUCGACCAAAUGGUGGUCCAGAGAUACAUGGCAUCAAGAACCCUCGAGGAUGCCAAAAGUACAGCCCGUGCAGGAACUGCAAUGUUGACUGGGUUCUACAUCAUACAAAUGCUCAUGUCAUUCUUACUAAUAUACUGGUUUCGUGAUUGUGACCCUCAACUGUCAGGAGCCAUCAAGCAGAUUGAUCAGCUUCUUCCUUACUACGUCAAAAGAUACUUGACAACGUUCACCGGAUUCUCUGGUUUAUUUCUGGCUGGAGCUGUAAGCGCGUCAACAAGACGAGUUUACCUUAGUUUUAGUGAGCUAAAACAUGCAAAAAUAUUGCACGUAAGCUACACAAUUUAA